AAGAAGUCUGCCAUGAGGUCCCAGAACUCCACCCUCUCUCUACAUACAGCUUUGGUGCGUCCCCCAUUUUUUUUCAUUAAUGGUUUGAAUAACAUACCCCAUGCCAAAUUCUACUAUGUUUUCUUGUGCUUUGUUUUCGUGGUCUCUGUGUUGGGGAACUCCUUUGUCAUGCUAAGUAUAUACACGGAGCGCAGUUUUCACACCCCAAAGUAUAUGGGCGUUUUUAAUUUGGCUGUAGCUGACUUGGGUGAAAGCACUUCUCUAAUUCCAAAUUUAAUGGCAAUGUUUCUUUUUGAUUCCCAGUACAUCUCCUAUGAUGCUUGUUUCGCAAACAUGUUUUUUGUUUUUUUCUUCAUGGGUUUGCAGUCUCUCACUCUUACCAUUCUGGCAUAUGAUAGAUUGGUGGCAAUAUGCUUUCCACUGAGAUACCAUGCCAUUGUCACAAUGCCAGCCAUCGCUGUGAUGUUAGCAGUGGUGUGGGGAAUUACUGCACUUUUCAUUAUUUCAUUAGUUAGCUUAAUUACCAGGUUGUCCUUUUGUAAAUCCAUAGUGGUAAAAAGCUACUUCUGUGAUCAUGGACCCAUUUUCCGUUUGGCAUGCAAUGACAAUCUGCCAAAUUAUAUAAUGGCACAUGCUAGCUCAAUAUUGUUCCUUUAUUUACCAUUAAUUUUCAUUGUACUCUCAUAUGUGUGUAUUGCUCAUGCCCUGUUUAAAAUAGCUUCAUGGGAAGGGCGAUUUAAAGCCAUUAAGACUUGUUCUGCACACCUAAUGCUAGUUGCUCUAUAUUAUUUUCCAGUGCUGGGCAUCUACUUUACUGCACUAGCUUCUACAGUUCAGCCAAAUGUCAGGGUAAUGAGUACAUCACUGGCAAAGGCCAUUAGCCCAAUGAUGAACCCAAUCAUCUAUGUGCUGAACACAGAAGAAUUUAAGGAAUUCUCCAAAAGAAUUUUAAAAAUAAAAAUAAAAAACCCA